CUCUACUAUCCUUACUUCUAAACACAUUCUACUUUUCAUAAAUACUAAGCUUCGUUUAGAAUUUCCAAACCCGUAACUAUCAAUUACCUAGUAACCACUUAUUCAAGAUGCCUGUUCUUACCAGGAAACGCAAGGCUGAACUUGAAACUGCAGCAAAGACGGUCCCAAUACAGAGAGAACCUAAGACUGAGCAACCUACCGAAGAACCUUCUCUGAAACACCAUAAACUAACUGACCCAUUGAAGAGGACAGAUCCCUUCCGUCCCCAUUCUACCCCUCCUAAGAUCGUUAUUCGCCGCCGCAGGCUAACUAGUAAACCGAAGCAACCUUUGCCAGGCCAAAGCAGCAAUAAUGCGAACACGAUAAUGCUAACCAAGUCUUUAUUCGAGCAUGUAGACAAAUAUGGUAUUUCCGCGUUACCCACUAAGGAGGCCCUUGAUGCUUGGUUAGAAGAAAAUAAAGAUACCUUCAUUCAGGCCCAGAAAGAAAGAGAUAACGCUAUACACCCUAACGUUCUCCCAAAAACGCCGAUUCCAGAACGAAAUACGCGCCGUCAUAUUGCAGCAGGGCCCCUGAUGGACGAACAGCUCUUGGUUCCUGUUGCUGAUUAAAGAAUUGUUCCCAGAGCAGUUCGCACCGCUCGCCACGCCGUGGCUCGUCUAUUAAAUCGCGCCGCUUCAAUAUUGGAGAAUCCCACUACAGAUUGGGAAAUUAUACAAGAGGAAGGCCAGAAUGCUCAUCCACGGCUAAGGCUUGUAGACAAGGAGGCAAGCUUGGGGAGAGAAUAGGAAACUACCGACGUCCAAGACAAGGAAACGAAUAUAGUCGAGACUAGAAAAGAGCCCAUAUGGAUAAGACCAGCGGCACCGCCUUUGGACACGCGCUUCUUUCAUCCCAAU